UUAGCCCAAGAGAGUGAGCCCAGUCGAUAUGAAGUUACGACAGCAUGUUUAGAGGAACUGCAGCAGAAAGCUAUGGCGGAAGAACCGAAACCCCCACAACCUUCCGAUCCUCCAUUACCGUUUGAUCCUAGUCGGAUGGUCGGUAUCAUCAAGAGGAAGGCUUUGAUCAAAGACCUAGCAGCGGUAUACCAUGCCGAAUGCCUAGCUUACUGUCAAGAGCUUUUGGAACUUCAAACCAAAUGGGAAGAGCCAUUUAUCGACUUAAAAACUCCAGAGGAAUCAAAAAAGGAGACGGCACGAUCCUCUAAACGUGCAAAAAAGUUGCGAUAGGUUUUCAGAAUACCCUAUGUUCGCUGUUAGUGUUGAUGUACUAUCAGAGCACGUAUUUGACGUAGUAUUGAUGUGCUUUUUCAAUGGUACGGACUGAGACGUCAAGUGAGAUUUCAUCCAUCAGUUUGCAGUUAUAGAGCAUUUCCCCACUGCUCGAUGAAAAAUAGAUAAAUGAGCAAUAUAAUUUUUGUUUGGAAUGAUGUAUAGAAUAUUCAACCCUGCAUUCAGAUUUGGGGUUCAAUCCAUUGUCAAUAUAUUUUAGCAUGCUUUGCAAUUCUAUUUA